AUGGUGGUGAAUUAUUAUAAGGAUGUUCCUGUUCCUAAACCCAAAGAUCAUGAAAUAUUAAUCAAAGUUCAUUAUUCUGGUGUUUGUCAUUCUGAUUUACAUGCUUGGAAAGGAGAUUGGCCUGCUCCUACUACUUUACCAUUAAUUGGAGGUCAUGAAGGUAUUGGACAAGUCGUUGCUUUAGGUAAAGAUGUUACUGAUUUUCAAAUUGGUGAUUUUGCAGGUAUUAAAUGGUUAAAUCAUGCUUGUAUGGAUUGUGAAACUUGUAACAACAAUCUUGAACAAUUGUGCGAUAAACAAACAACUUCUGGUUAUUCUACAAAUGGUACUUUUCGACAAUAUGCAACUGUUGACUUUCGUCAAGCUGCUCAUAUACCAAAAGAUGCAAAUCAUGCAGAAUUGAGUCCAAUUUUAUGCGGUGGAUUAACUUCGUAUUCAGGAAUUAAAAAUUUAAAUUUAAAACCUGGUCAAUGGAUAACCAUAGUUGGAGCAGGUGGUGGUUUAGGAUCAUUAGGACUUCAAUAUGCUAAACAAGCCUUUAAAUUGAAAGUUUUGGGAAUUGAUCAAGGUGACAAAUUCGAUUUUGUCAAAUCUUUAGGUGCUGAUGCUUAUAUUGAUUAUACAAAGGAAUCAAAUGUAGCCGAGAAAGUAAAAGAAAUUACAAAUGGAGGUUCUCAUGGUGUAUUAAAUGUUUCAGGUUCUCAAACUGCAAUUAAUCAAUCAUUUAUUUAUGCUAGAAAAAUGGGUAAAGUUGCAUUAAUAGCUGUACCUCCUAAUGAAAAUGGAACAUUUACGUAUUCAAUAGCAGCUGCAAUUGCAAAACAAUUAACUAUAACUGGCUCAUGUGUUGGAAAUCGCGAAAAUACUCAAGAAGCAUUAGAUUAUGUAUUGCAAGGUAAAGUUAAAUCACCAAUUAAAAUUGCAAGUCUUAAAGAUAUACCAGAAAUUUUCAAAUUAUUAGAAGAAGGUAGGAUUAAAGGGAGAUAUGUUGUAGAUUUGACAAAAUUAGAUUAA